CAACCUUCCGUCCUCCCCAUCAACUCGACCCUCGGCUUCGGCCGCAUCUACGUCGUGUCAAAAGAAGACUCGCCCCGCCGCCACAGCCUCCUGCAGGCCGCCAACGUCACCGAGCUCGAUUUCACCAUCCCCAUCCAGCCCAACUGGACCGAGUCCGACCUUGAGGGCCACACAAAGAUAGGCCGCGGCUCACUGCUUGCCUGGCUGGGCCACCUCCAUUCCUUGCGAGAGUUCCUCGACUCGGGCGCCGAGACGGCCCUGAUCCUAGAAGACGACGUCGACUGGGACAUCCGCCUACGCUCGCUGCAGGCACCUCUCGUCGCAAGCGCCGUCCGCACUCUCCUUGCUUCGACCACCCCCGUCUCUUCCCUCCCUUCCACGCCUUCCACCGCCGACUUCUCAACCGACGUUGUUGCCGAUCCCGCCAUCGAUGCCGACGCCGACGCCGACGCCGACGCCGUUGCGAUGCGCUACCCCUACGGCGACCCCGCCGCCUGGGACCUGCUGUACCUCGGCCACUGCGGCGACUACUGGCACUCCAUCGACGUGGGCUUCGAGGAUGGCCACGUGAGGCCGUCAGACCUGGCGGCGCGGCCGCACAUAUCGUUCAACGACGCUUCGCUGCCGGACCCCAAGAACCUGCACCCGUGGACGGCGUCCCUGCUCGAGAACCUGGGCGUGGCGCCGCACACGCGGCUGGUGCACAAGUCCGUGUUCCCGCUGUGCACGUUCGCGUACGCCGUGACGCGCACGUCGGCUCGGCGCCUGCUCAGGGAGCUCUCGCUCGACGGCCGCGGCGAGGACGAGCCCAUGGCCUACGACGUGGCCAUCCUCAUCAGCUGCCGCGAUUCGGACGACAUGCGCUGCUACAGCGUCAACCCGGAGCUGUUCCACCACCUGCCCGGCAAGAGCAUGAUCAGCGGCAUCGACAACCACACCAACAUCCCCCCCGUCGACGACACGGGCCGUGAGCAGGCCGAGCUGCGCCACGAGACCCCAAACAUCAACUGCGGUUUCUGGAACGGCGCGUUCGCGUUCCAAAACGGCGACUCCCGCCGCCUCGCCCGCCUGCGCGAGGAGGUCGGCCGCAAGGGGAGGUGUCUCAAGUCGGGACGC